GCUGCCUUCCUACACAAGUGGGAAGGGGAGAAGUUUAAACCUGGUCCCCCCCCCACCCUCGCUGAUCCCCAGCUAACCUGCUAGCUAGCCAUGGAUGACAGCCCCUCGCUGGGCAAAGUGAGCGGUUCUACAGAGUCUGUGGCCACCGUCACCAGUGAGGAGUUUGUUCUGGUCCAGUCCGGCCCUGCUGGGUCACCACAGGGCUCCGAAAACAGACCAAGACUCAAGAUGUCUUGGAAUGGAAGUGAUCAGCUGGAAAAAGCGAUGGAGGAGGUGCUGGAUGAUGAUGAUGAMGAGGAGGAGAAGGUAGAGAAAAGCUGCGUGGAAAAGAUGGAGAAGCAGGAAGAAGUAGAGGGCCGAGUCCAGGAGGUCCACCAUGCAG